AUGCCGCCGGCAUUAGGAGCCGCUCACAGCGAUGAUCGUUCGAUGGCAUAUUAUCGUUCCGAUAUUUUAAUGAGAACAUAUGAUGAGAUGACACGUCACUUCGCAUAUCCCGAAUGUUUCCGCUUCGGAAUUCGUGUAAUAUAUCGUGCUUGUUGUCGCGGAAUUAUGUGGAGGCAAUCAAUUUGUAACGGCGCUGUGAACGACGGGCGCCAGCAUCGCCGACGGCUAGCGUGGCUGAAAGAAGCUGUGACGACGAAGAGACGCCGGCGUUCCACCAUCGACGAGAGAUUCCGAGGCCUAGCCGCGGCCGGCUUCUGCCCGAAGCAUGAAUGA